GUUGUCAACUGCUGCUGCCAUCGUGCUUCUGAGGCUGGAUCGUUCCACACCGUUGGACCCCAGAUCGAAAGACCCCUACCCCGCAAAACCUCCCGCUCACAACACUGAAUCCUCUGCAAACGACACGGCGCUCGAACACCGCCGUCACGCCUCUUCCAGCCAUGUCGACCGUAGAUUCAAUCCGCAAAACGCCCAGCGAAACAGAAAUAGCAAACACCCUCUCGACGCUAAAGCUCUCCACCACCGAACCGCAAAAGCCGCUGCACAAGCCAAAAUCCAAGCCCGUCGCCGACAGCUGGGAUCUGGCCUCGUCCGGCUCCGACACCGAGACGGAGACUUGCGCACCGCUGUCUACAACGAGCACGUCGACGGACCCUCCGCAGGCGCCGCCGCCCACACCCGCAUCGCCCACGCCCUUCGAGUUCCCGGUCACGUCGCCCUACGGCGCCGGGCGGCUGCGAGGCGACAGUGGAGCGGGGUCUGGCGUCGUGUCUGGCGGCGGCGGGCUGGAGAAGCGGCCGGAGAAGACGACGGCUGUCGCGGGGCGGAUGAUUGCCGGGGCGCUGGGUGUGCGGGCGCCGAGGCGGACGGAGGAGGAGAGAGAGUACGAUCGCGCGAUGCGGGAGAAGGAGAGGAAGCGGAGGGCUGAGGAGAAGGAGAGGGAGAGGCGGGAGGGGGAGGAGAGAGAGGCGAGGAAGAAGGCUGUUUGGGAUGACUAGGGGGAAUUGGAUACGAGUGAAGGGCUGGAGGCUGGCUGGGGCUUUUGAUGAUUGACGACUCUCCUCUCGUGCAUACUGUGGCUAUCUUGAGGUGUUUGAUGGCGGGUGGCUUGUUCAGCAAGUGUGGCACGCUUGCUCGAUGUGUACACACACUGCGCUGUAAGAAUGUAAAACAAUUAUUGACAGUCUGGGGAUACGAAUGAAGUGAUUGUACGUCG